AUGGAAUGCUUACUCACGGAUGAUGAAUUAGAAUGGGUUAGGUUGCAACCUUUUCUCCUUCAACAUGGUUAUAAGCUACGUCCUAGAUAUCAUCCAUCGUGGAAACCAUCGUGGAAAAGGCCAUGGAAUUUCUACAAAUACGAAGCAGAAUGCGAGGACUCAAUUCCGCUGAGAACGUACAAUGUUAUUGACGCAGUGCGCAUAAAAGACGGCCAUUUAAACUCGGAUGAGAUGCGGGCGGACCCCCGGAAUAAUGCAGUUCCUCUUCUUGAAGUGAUCCCUGUUCCUCUAUCUGUUCCUCUAUCUGACGAGGAUAGUGAUCCGGAUCAUGUAAUGCUCCUCGUUAUGCCCAGGCUUGCUCCCCAAGUUUUCCGAGGCAUCGAGUUCCUACAUGACAAUGGCAUUGCGCAUCGGCAAGUGUCUGAUUGCUGCCACAGUUUAUACGUUAUACUCAUGGAGAUGUUUAGGGACGCAUGCAUGUUUAAUUUCAUGAUGGACCCAACUGAUGUGAUACCUGGCGGCUUCCACCACUCGAUACAGUUUUACCAACCUGAUGGUAAAACACUCAUUCGUGUCAGGGACCGCUGCACGGUUCCAUCGCUCAAGUAUUACAUUAUUGAUUUCGAAACUGCCGAAUACUUCCCGCCAAACAGUCUAUGCACUGGUCUCAUUGGACAGGAGAAGGCUGCCCCCGAAUUAUCGCGAACUGUACCUUUUGACCCUUACAAGCUGGAUAUAUACCAACUUGGGAUGCUAGUCCACAGAUUGAUGGAGAAAAUUGCAUGA